GUAGCCGGGCGGCGUUGGGUGGCCCCUGGGCCCGCGGGCCCCGCCAAGAUGGCAGACCUGGAGGCGGUGUUGGCGGACGUCAGCUACCUCAUGGCCAUGGAGAAGAGCCGCAGCUCCCCCGCGGCCCGCGCCAGCAAGAAGCUCGCCCUGCCGGAGCCCAGCAUCCGCAGUGUCAUGCAGAAGUAUUUGGAGGAGAGGGGAGAGCUGACCUUUGACAAGGUCUUCAACCAGAAGAUCGGAUUCCUGUUGUUCAGAGAUUUUUGCCAGAGUGACGUCGACGAAGGCAUUCCGCAGCUGAAGUUUUACGAAGAGAUCAAAGAGUACGAGAAACUGGACUCCGAGGAGGAUCGACUCAUCAGGAGCCGCCAAAUCUACGAUGCCUUCAUCAUGAAGGAGCUGCUGUCCUGCUCCCAUCCCUUUUCAAAACAAGCCGUCAGCCAUGUGCAGACCCGCCUGGCCAAGAAGCAGGUCCCGAUAACCCUUUUCCAGCCCUACUUAGAAGAAAUCUGUGACAGCUUGCGAGGAAGCAUCUUCCAGCUGUUUCUGGAAAGUGAUAAGUUUACAAGAUAUUGCCAGUGGAAAAAUGUAGAGCUGAACAUUCACCUGACCAUGAAUGACUUCAGUGUCCAUCGGAUUAUCGGGAGAGGCGGCUUUGGAGAAGUCUACGGCUGCCGUAAAGCGGACACAGGGAAAAUGUACGCCAUGAAAUGUUUGGAUAAGAAGCGGAUCAAGAUGAAGCAGGGGGAAACCUUGGCCUUGAAUGAACGCAUCAUGCUCUCCCUCGUCAGCACCGGGGACUGUCCUUUCAUUGUGUGCAUGACGUACGCCUUCCACACGCCUGACAAGCUGUGCUUCAUUCUGGACUUGAUGAAUGGUGGAGACUUGCACUACCACCUCUCCCAGCACGGGGUCUUUUCGGAGAAGGAGAUGCGCUUCUACGCCACCGAGAUCAUCCUUGGGCUGGAACACAUGCAUAGCCGCUCCGUGGUCUACCGGGACCUGAAGCCAGCAAACAUCCUUCUGGAUGAACAUGGCCACGUGCGGAUCUCCGACCUGGGCCUGGCUUGUGAUUUCUCCAAGAAGAAGCCCCACGCCAGCGUUGGGACUCAUGGCUACAUGGCUCCAGAGGUGCUGCAGAAGGGAACGGCCUACGACAGCACGGCCGACUGGUUCUCCCUGGGCUGCAUGCUGUUCAAGCUUCUCAGAGGGCACAGCCCUUUCAGACAACACAAAACCAAAGACAAGCACGAGAUUGACCGCAUGACGCUCACCGUGAAUGUGGAGCUGCCAGAUUCCUUUUCCCCCGAACUCAAGUCUCUCCUGGAGGGGCUUCUCCAGCGGGAUGUCACGAAGCGGCUCGGCUGCCAAGGUGGUGGUGCCCAGGAGGUCAAGACUCAUCCUUUCUUUCAAGGAAUUGACUGGCAGCACGUUUACCUGCAAAAGUACUCCCCGCCCCUGAUCCCCCCCAGGGGAGAAGUCAACGCAGCAGAUGCUUUCGACAUUGGCUCCUUCGACGAAGAGGACACAAAGGGAAUCAAGCUGCUGGAUUGCGACCAAGAGCUCUACAAGAACUUUCCCCUGGUGAUUUCUGAGCGCUGGCAGCAGGAAGUGGCCGAAACAGUGUUCGAGGCGGUGAAUACCGACACGGACAAGGUGGAGCUGCGGAAGCGAGCGAAGAACAAGCAGCUGGGCCAUGAGGAAGAUUACGCUCUGGGGAAGGACUGCAUUAUGCACGGCUACAUGCUGAAGCUGGGGAACCCCUUCCUGACGCAGUGGCAGCGGCGCUACUUCUACCUCUUCCCCAACCGGCUGGAAUGGCGAGGAGAAGGAGAGUCCCGGCAAAACCUGCUGACGAUGGAACAGAUCCUGUCGGUGGAGGAAACGCAGGUCAAGGAUAAAAGGUGCAUCCUGCUCCGAAUUAAAGGAGGGAAGCAAUUUGUCCUGCAGUGCGAGAGUGACCCUGAGUUCGUGCAGUGGAAGAAAGAGCUGACGGACGCCUUCACGGAGGCCCAGAAGCUGCUGCGAAGGGCCCCCAAGUUCCUAAACAAGUCCCGUUCUGCGGGGGUGGAGCUCACCAAGCCCCCCCUGAGCCAUAGGAACAGCAAUGGCCUGUAGCGGCUGGUGGGGAGGAGACCGGCUGGUGAGCCCUGCUGCCCCAGAGCCGGGUCCUGCAAAGGGCAGGGGCCAGGCAGGGAGAAGCGUAAGGGGCAUGCGCUCGGCCAGGCGAUGUGGCCCAAGGGAGAUGCUGCUGCCCGGCCUGGAGGAGCCCAGCCAUCUGGCCCUGGCAUCGUGGACGGCUCCCGCCUGCUUCGUGUUUCGGCCUGGGCCAGGGAUGGCGCUCUGGACCUUUGGGGCACAGUAGUGCUUCCCUGGCUGCGUCCAUCUGGCCGAAGAGACCUCUGGGCCUCCCUGGGGCCCUUCACACACAACGAUCAACUGAACUCGACAUGUUUUCUGUGGCUUCCAGUUUUCUGCUGCUGCUGCUGCUGCUGCUGCUGCUGCUGCUGCUGCUGCUUCUUUUCGGCAAAAGUGACUCUGGACUCUCGUUCCGUCUCCCUCACCGGCUGCUCUGCCCGUCCUGCCAGUGUCUGCCGUGGGCUCUGCUUCUCUGACCUUGGCUUGGACUGGUGCAAGUAGAAGUAGAAGCUGGGGAGAUUCGGUGAUUGUUCUGCACUUGUGUGCGUGUGUUUGUCUGCCUGUCUUCCUCUUCUCACACCACUGUUGCCAGGGAGAGCCACAGGAUGAAUGCCACGGUGACUCCUGACUUGGUGGCACUUUUAAAAAACACUUUAAACGAAUCCAGUAACUAGAGGUGGAGCAUGUGAACACUGGACUGAGCCUGCAGGCAGCUAGGUGGCCUGGCUCAACUCUCCUGCGGUUUCAGGGUCUGUCCUCCUGAUGCGUCCGUCCCCUCGCAGCUUGGUCUUGGGAGCCUGGGGUCUAUUAAGGAAGGGGCUCAGAGCAGCUUGCAUUGGCAAGCCCAAGGACCCUUCCUCUCCUUGGGAAGGCAAACUUGGAACUCCCUUCAGCAGGGUGCAGUUGGUAGCUGUGUACACCUAGCUGCUCGCUUGUGGCAAUUGUGAAAGUUUAAAAAAAGUUGUUCUUGCAAGGGGCCACCAGAGAGACCCCGAACUCUAGAAUUGCCACAUGGUUUGAGGGUGAAUUGGCUGGUGUGAUGGCACCAUGCCAGCUCUCAUCCCCCUCCCCCCCUCCACUUUUGCUUGGGUUUAGUGGAAGUUUGUAGUUCUAAAUCCCUCUUUAUACCAGAUGGGAUUGGAAAAUGCUUUCCAGGGGCCUCUGCAACACCCCUAUUGCAUGUGUGCGUCUGCUGGCCCUGAGCAACAGAGCCACCGGCCUCCCCUGCUCUUCUGUGUCCUGGAGGGGCUGCAAAGGAACGGGGCGGCGGGGGAGGGGGGCGGGAUGAUGAAGCAGGGGCCAGAGGGAAACCAGCUUUUCUUUGCCUCUCGUGGUCACUUCAGGCACCGGAGAGCCCUUCAGUUGAAGAGCUGGGCUGUGUUUAAAAGCUGAAGGCUCUUUGUGAGUUUGUAUUUUUAAACAAAACUGACAUUACAGUGUUUGUUCAAGAACAGGAGGGGCCCCCUUUGGUCAUCAGCUCCGUGUCGGUCCAGCUGGCCAGGAGUUUGGCAGUUCGGCUCCCUCGAUUCCUUCCUUCCGCCAGAGAGGGUCUGUCAGGUGGUGCUUUCAGGAUGCGUUGUCGCUGGGUUUUAGCCACAUUUCAAGGGUGGUUUUUCUCCCCCAGAGAGUUUUGUCAGGCGGAAGAGGCGAGUUGGUUGCUUUUAAGGGCCUGGGGAGAACCGGAAAAGGCUGUGCUGUGCUGCUGAAGGCCCUCAUCUCAGGGUGGCCCAGAUUAAGCCGUUGUUCAGAUUAGCCUAGAUAUUUUAGGGGUGCGUGUGUCUGUGUCUGAGUGUGUGUGUGUUCAUUCCAGAGGCAGCUGAGAGAGAGAGGUGAUCAAGCUAUGGAGCUUCAGAGCUGUUACCCUCCAGGUUGUCUGAGAAGUUUGUGUUUUGGGUGAAAAUCCCAGUUCGGCUGCUGCAUAUUCACUCUAAGCCAUUUCAUUUUCCCCGAUGCACCGUGGGUGACGGGGUGUCUGGUUGCAUUUAAAACCCCAGGAGGUUGGGCAAGAAUUCCUCCUCCUUUCAUAGCUGUUAAAUAACAGCGAGGGGCCUCAUAGAGGCAUGCUUGAUCAAUUAUUAUAAUAAUACGAAUUAUUAUCAACUUACUAAUGCUAAUUAGUAAAGAAAGCAUUUCCUUAGGGCAUUUGAUUGGUGGAAGAUGGGAAAUAAGUUCUGAAAAUUGCAAUUUACAGUUUUCCCCCCUUUGGCAACGCGCUGCUAUAUUAGAGAUCUGUUUUAGAGCACCUUAACCAUCUUGAAUUACGAUAUACGCAUACUCUCUUCGAACUCUGCUGUAGAGAGAGAAGAACUUCUAGUUAAAAACAGCUAAGAAAUGUUGGGACGAUAUACAUUUUUGGAGAUCUUAAGAUUACAUUGCUUACUUUCAGUAUUACACAAAAUGGGAGAAAUAUAUCUAAAAACACUGAAAAAUGUAUGCAUAUCCAAAAGAUCAUAGAAAUUUUUUGUGCCUGCUGUUAUAUUCCAUGAUGUAAAUAUUACGUGGUUUAGCACUACUGAAUAUUAGAGCAUCUAAUAAUUUGUUAUUUUUUUAAAGUGUUAAACUAAUAAUCAAAGUUUUAUUUUGGUACAACAUUAAGUUACUUUUAUCUUCAGAAAUAUUUUUAAAAAUCUGAGAAUUAUGUUUUAACUAAAAGGCAUUUUCAUGUUAUUUAUUUUUAAGUCUGGACACCUUGGUUUAUUUAAUUCCCUGUACAAUUUUUUCUUCAUCUUCUGUACGUUAUUUAAAUAAUAAGGAUCCUUUUCCAGUUGGGUUCAAUAACUUUUUAUUACAGUUUUCAUAAACUUGCUUUCAAGCUGGAUUUCCUUUGUCCAACCAUCCCCAAUAAAACAAGUUCAGAGAAAAAGCA